UUGGUAUUGGGUUUACUUUGCUGUAACGUUGUAUAAAACUGCGUACAAUCGGUGGUUUUAAAAUCAUGAGUGGAAUAGUUUAAAUCUAAAUAAGUGGAUGUAUAAUAUAAAGACAUUUAAAUAGAGAACUCGCAGUGUAUUACUUUCAAAAAUGUGCAUGUGUUAUUAGAACAUUCGGGGCUACAUUAAAUGUUGAAAGUUAUUCCAUUCUACGCUUUGUAUAAGUUUAUAAAAAAUAAAUGGAUUCGCAUAAAUUCGGAGAAGUUCGAUUUAUAAUCGACAGUAUCGGAAGUUUGUCCGUCAAUACGCAAAUAUCAGUUUGAAUUGUAUUAACUUUCUCUAAUGUGCAUAAACCAACUAAAAAAUGGAGGGUGACUGUGAUGACGUUGAUUAUAUGCUGAAGCGCAUGCAUAACCCAGGCAUCAUUAUUCUUGGGAAGAAUGAAGAGAGUUAUUCAUGCGGCAGGGGUAAAGACAAUAAAAUCAUCUGUCUCAGUCCUUGGGUUUCACGGCAACAUUGUUUUUUUAUUCGAACCAAAGAUGGAUUGAGCGUCAUUGAUUUAAAGAGUUCCAACGGAGUUUUUGUGAAUGGUGUAAUGCUGAAACCAAAUACCAUGGUAAAACUUAAAAUAAAUGAUAUUGUUGGUAUUGGUUGUGGUACCAUUGACAGUGCUGAAAGUUCAAUGUUUAUUUACAAGCUUCUAGAAUCUCAGUCAGCAGUUGAUGACCAACCAACAAACGUGUCUUGUGGAUCAAGGACUAUUAAAGGCAAUGAUGGUACUACCAUUUGUACAACAGAAAAUAAUAGUGAUCUUAACAAAAGAAGGCUAGCUCAAAAAAACAUUAAUGCCCAUUUACCGUCCAAAAUAUCAAAGUUACAACCUGAAGAAUCAUGCAGUGAUGCUAUAAUUCGUAGUACAAAUCAACAUCAGGACAUUGUAAAUGGCAUAGUAAUUAAACAAGCACCAGAUGAAAUGGAUGAUGAUAUUCAAAUAUUGUCUCACAGCUAUUCCGCAACAUAUAAGUUUAAAAACUGGAAAGCGCCUUGCAAUAAUUCUAAAUCAUUAUCUCUUCAAAAUGACAAUAGGUUAACGUUACUUCAUUUGGCUAGGGAAUCAAAUGAUCAGUUACAGAAUGAAAAUGAAGUUUCUCAAAAUAAAAACGAAAAACAACCAUGUACUUCAAAAGAAUCAGAGAACUGCACUUUCGAAUCAGCCCCCAUUGAUACAGGGAGUGAUACAAAUUGCAAUGGACUUUUAAUGGAUCAAGAACAAGAAGCAUCCAAUUCAGAACAAGAAGUUUGUCUUUUAGAAGAAAAGAAAAAAUCUACUUUCACUUCUGUGUCUCAGAGUAAGAAAAUCCACACUCAUCACUUAGAAAAUGAAAUAGAAAUGUCAAAAGACUACAAAGGUGCCAAUACUUUGUUGGAGAAGAAUGAAAGUAUAACAUCAGAGUCCAAUGCUGAAGAAGUUAACAGUGGUUCCAUGUCAAGUCAUAAAGAAAUUAUAAAUGAUCGAGAGCUUAUAACUGUUUUGAAGGGAAAAGGAAGCACAACUGCCAAAAGAAUCUUGAUUGAUAAAGAAAACAAUACAAGCGAUAGUACUAAUAGAAAUGACAUUUCUAAAGAACAUCUGCAACUAAAGAAAACGAGUAACAUGGAUGUUACUGAAGAGAGUCGGGAAGGAACAAAUUUAGGAUUGAAUCAAAUGAAUUCCAAUACUAACAGUAAUAGUAAUUUGCAUCCUUUAAAUUCUGGUAAUGACAAAAAUAUUUCUAAUAUCAAUUUAAGGUCAGCAGAGAGUAAUAAUCCAAUAAUACAAAGCACGUCGCUUCCAACAAAAGAUGGAACUAUACUGAUGGAUGAAAACAUUAUGUCAAAAAAUUCAGAUCUGCUGUUGAAUGCAGUCUGUGUUGACGUAAACGAUGCACUUGCAGAUUUACAGAAAUUAAAGCCAACGAUUAAUCGUAGGAGGCGUGCAAUGCAAAUCUCAAAGAAAUGUUUUUCUGACAAUAGUAGUUCUCAUGGUAACAUGGAACAAUCGGAAGCUGAAUCUUUAGAAUAUGCAAAAUGUACAAGUGAAGUAAAUCAAUCUGCUAUGAAUGCAAGUACGAAGUUAGUAACUGAUGACAAUGUAGAAGAUAUGAUGUCACCAAUAAAGCUGAAGCAAGUUAAGCAAGAACCUAUGACAAGAUUUUCUGAAAUAGAUGUAGUAAAUUUAAGCGACGAUGAUGAUGACAUAUUUCCAUGCUCUCAAUUGUUUGACAGUGCUAAAGAUACAGGAGAGGAAUUGAAACAGGAGAUCAAGGAGGAGAAUGUUGACAGUGAAAAUGACAUGUUCUAUAACACCUAUGAACCUGAAGAGAUCAUUUUGCUUUCUGACAGUGAAGAUGAAGAAAACCUUUGGCUGGAAAGGCUGUCAAGAAGUCAAAUCCUUAGUGAAGAGAAUGAUGACAAGCUAGUCAUUUCAGAAAUUGAACGGAAUUCCGAAAAAUCUGGUAAAGUAACUCCAGAACAAUUUGCCAAUAAAUCAUCAAGAAGUGUGCGAUCUAGUAUCGAAGAAACUUCAGUCCACAGUAGGUCUCCAGAUGAUAAUAUUUCUGACAAUAAUUUUAAAGAACAUGAACAAAAAAAAACCGUCCAUGAGAAGUCUAAAGAAAUUAGUGAAACAAUAUCCGAGAAACCUACUGAAAAAGAACCAAUGGAAGUAGAUGGAUCAGAAUCCGAAAAAUCUCUAAGCGAAAAGGAAUCAGAUAGUAUUUCUUCGAAACUUACUAAAGCAUCGUUGGAAGAUGAUCGAUUGUUGCUAUCUCCUCGAGUAAUCAUUAGUAAGGUUGAUCAUAAAUUGAUUGCCGAUAAAAAGUAUAGGUCUAAAAAAAAGAAAUCAGAAGAAAAUAGUGGUAGUUCGAAUGUAAUUGAAGGCUCUCUGGAAGAUGGCAAGAAAAAAAUGGAUACUACUUCAAAGCAAUAUUCAAAUAAAAAGAGAAAACCUGAAAUAAUCGAUGCACCUUACAUGCCAAAAGGAGAAUCUAGAGGCGUUAGCUGCAGUAUUAAAAAGAAUGUUUCUGAUGAUGUUACUUCAUCAAUAAGUCACUCUAAAAAGGACGGAAAUUUGAGCCCGAAUCGAAAGGUCACAAAAUCAAAGAAAUCGAAAAAAGAUACUGCAAACGUAAAAUUAGAUAAAAAGGAACAAAAGCAACGCCGCAUCUCGGAUACUUUAAUCGAUUUCACUCCACUACCUAGACCUAGAACAUCUUCACUUUCCAAAGAAGAAAAAAUUGAACUAGCAAACAGCAGGAAAGGGAAGCUAAAAGAAAUUGCAACUGAACAAAAAGCAACAGAAGAUAUUAAAUUGAGAACUAAUCGUAUUCCUGCAAAACCAAGGGUUAAAGUUUCUAAAAAGAACCGUGGCGAUUUUCUCAUAAAAGAUUUGGAAAAUCAGCUAGAUGACCCAAGUGAGAGGACUGAGGAAUUCUCUAACAAUUAUGCACCUCCUGAAAUUCCGAUGAUUGCUGAUGAAUCCCUAGAAACGUAUGGAAAUUAUCGAGUCCAGCGAAAAUAUUUAAGAACAUACUAUAGAACACAAGCUGAAGAAGAAACAGCGACUAUUAGUACAGGGACUUCUACCUCCAUAAAUUCUGUUGCAGACAGCAUACGAAAGAUAUUGAAUAUUCAACCUAAUGAGAAAUCGGAAAAUUCACCAAGACCCCAAACUAGUGUAAGAGCGGAAGAGAUACAGCAGAAAUCAAAUAUUCGGAAGAACAAGCAACUGGAAAAUCAACAGAAAUCGUUGACUCGUCAAUCAGAUGAGACAUCCGAGAAUCAGAGUAAAUCUUUCAAUCAUCAGGCAAUGGAAAUAUCGGAAAGUGGCGGAACAAAUGAAAGAUUUCAAGGGAAAUCAGUACUUAAACAAAAAGAAAAUCUUUCACCAAAUGUGACAAAGGAAGGGAAACGAAAAAAUGUGAAGAAAGUAUCGUUUAGUCUGGAAUUAGCAACAGUUAAGAUUUAUGAAAUAGAUCCUCAGAAUACUUUGAAGAAAGUGGUGGGAAAAGAUGCUCCGAUACCAAAGGAAAAGAUGCCUGUUAAAGAGCCUAUCCGACCCAGGCACACAUUAGAUGAAGUUCUCUUACGUAUUUUUGCUUGGAAACCUAUCUGGCUCGAAGAACAACGUCAUUUAAAGUCAGAACCACCCCUUGUUGAAAGCAACAUUCCUCCGAUGCAGACUUAUUACAAAUCUUACGAAGACUACUACAGAAUUUUAAUGCCACUUAUAUUAUUAGAAAUUUGGCAGGACAUAACAAAGGAAUUUACUACUAUUGAAAUGAAUCCUAGGCGUCCGACGGUAAUGUGUUCCAUAGUAAGGAAUUCAGUGGCUCAGAUCAAUAUACCAAUAACCGAUCUCUACGCUACUACUAUGACAUUGGAAGUAUUAGUUUCAAAGGAAGAUUUGCAAAAGCAGGCACAUCCAGUAUAUGGUGACUUAGUAUUCAUGGAAGUAGUCAGCACUGACAACGGAAAAAAUUUCCAUAAAUUAUUUGCAUACGUUGUAGAACAACGGCAAUAUGCUUUGUCGCCUAACGUGAUCUAUAAUCAAGAUUUAGCGUAUUACGUGAAGAAGCCGGAAGCCCUGUUGCUAAUUACAGUUAUGACAAAACGACUGGAACUGAGCGUCAAUAUGAAUCGAGUUCAACGAUUACGAAGUAUUAUGUAUUUACGCUCAAAUAUGAGAAUGAUACAAGCAUUGCAGUUUUUACCUCUUAGUCCCUUGCUGGACGCUAUUCUUCUUCCAAAGACAAAGUCUUACCAAUUACCAAGUGUAUUAUCGAUUAAGAAUUAUUCACCAAUGACAAAGGAGAAAUUAAAUCCAAAGCAGCUUGAAGCUGUAUCGAGAGUAACGGAAGCAAUUAUUCAAAAAGAACCAAAGAUUUGUCUCAUUCAAGGUCCACCAGGAACGGGAAAAUCAAAAGUAAUUAUUAAUAUCAUAACUCAAGCACUUUAUGGUGAUGAUAGAUACAAGAAUGGCAAAAAUUCAUUAAAAAUAUUAGUCUGCGCUCCCUCUAAUGCAGCUAUCGAUGAAAUAGUUCUACGACUCUUAGCAAUUAGGGCAAGCAUACCAAAAAACCGUUUCAAAAUGGUUCGAAUUGGCCACCAGGAUAAAAUGAAUCCUAUGGUUAAAGUCAUCUCAGUAUCAGAGCUAGCAAAACGGGAUGUUGCGAAAAGGAUUGCCAGUGGAAUACAAACGAACAAUCAAGAAGAAGAACGGUCCCUGGAGGCUCGCAUAAAUGCCCUAAAAGCCGAGUUACAAAGUUCUAAUAAGCUGACUGAGGAACGAAUAAAUUAUGUGAGAAAGAGGCUCGUUGAUACGAUGGCUAGAUACGAUUUGUUGAAGCAUUGCCCUCAGAUGAACGAAAUGAAUUUACGUGAGCGAGCGAGGUUGGAACGACAGUCAGAAAAUACCCUAUUAGCCGGUGCUGACAUUAUCACGUGUACUCUGAGUUCAUGUUACACGAAUCAGAUGGAACAGAUAUUUGGGGGUCAUCGGGAGAAAAUAUCAGUCUGUAUUGUAGAUGAAGCUACUCAGAGCUGCGAAGCUGAAACUUUGAUACCACUAAUGUUAGGAGUUAAAACAUUAGUUUUAGUUGGAGACCCCAACCAAUUACCAGCUACUGUGCUCUCGCAAAGAGCGAAAAAAUUAGGCUUGGAUCAGUCACUCUUUUCUCGAAUAAAGGACGCUUUUCAUCACGAGAAAGACAACCCUAUAAUAAUGCUGGAUACCCAGUAUCGAAUGGCAUAUCCUAUUGCUUACUGGCCAAAUAAGUUCUUUUACGAAGGAAAACUAAGGAACAGUGCAGAGAAUUAUAUUACUAAUACAGAACCGUAUCCCUUUCAUAGUUACAAGGUCUUGAAUCUUGAUUCCAAACAGGACGACGAUAAGUUUUCUAACACCGACGAGGCUCAGUUUGUGGCAAACUUAAUUUACACAAUGAUGAUUCAUGCAAGACUCGAGAAAAUCAAUCGCAUUUCUAUCGGUGUCAUUACACCAUAUAACAAUCAAAGGACUAUCGUAGAAAAUAAAAUUAACGAACGAAUUACUGCAGUCCCCGACGAAAUAAAAAAAAAGAUAACCACUGAGGUAAAUACUGUUGAUAGUUUUCAAGGUCAAGAGCGGGAUGUUAUCAUAAUGUCUUGCGUACGAAGUCGAGGUAUAGGAUUCAUGUCUGAUCGUCAAAGAGUAUGCGUUGCUUUAACCAGAGCGAGACAUUCACUUAUACUCUGCGGUAACUUCAAAACGUUCGAGAAAGAUAUUAUGUGGAAUGCUUUAUUAACUGAUGCUCGGAGUCGAAAGGUUUUUAUCAAUAUGAAUUCUGAGGCCAGUCCAGAAGAAAUAAAGCCACACGUAGUUAGGUAAACUUUAGAUUGUGGAGAAUUUUUGAAAAAGGAGUCUACGAAGUACUCAGGCAUAGAAAGUUGAUGAAAAAGCAGGAUCUUGUGUACAUAUUGUAAAUUGAGUAAAUAGAUUAAAUGAACCGUUAACCUGAUAGAAUAAGGUAAACUUCUUUUAUUUUUAUUUGUCAUCAAAACAGAUAGUAUCAGUCCAUUAUAAGAAUUAUCUUAAACUGAUGAGUAGAAUAUAAGAGGAUGCAGGUUUUGCGCUAAGCUAACUCUUGAUGACACAUCGACACUUUUUUGAAUUGCUAUAAUUUGUAUAACGUUUCUAAAUACUGAAUGUAUUGUUACAAUGCAUUUGACCAUUUGUGUUAUCGCGAAAGUGUAAUAAAUCAAAUCAGAUUUGUUAAACCAAAACGUAGCUUGAAUAAGUAAAUGAAGUUUCGGAAAUAUAGAAAAAACAAUAGUUUGAAAGUUUUUAAAUAGACACAUAUAGCAUUGUCAAAAAGUAUUUGUUUAAUUAAACAAAACAUCAUUUUAUAAUCUUUGAAAACUAUUAAAUGUAAAAAUGCAUACGGGUCAGUCAUGAGAUUAAUUAGUUUUAUGUUUUGUGAAGAUAAUUGCAGAUCAUUGAGUGUUAAUAAUUAACAUCCGUUUACAAUUAUUUACACCAUGAACCGAUAUCUAUCACAGCUAUAUAAGUUGAAUAUACUGCAGGUUUAUUGAUAUACCAAAUAGGCAAGGCAUUUAAAAUCGUACCAGGAAACAAUACCUUUCUGUUACAAUCUGAUCUGAAAGUGUCAUAAAAUAAACUAUAUAAAUACUUACGCAGCAUGUUUAAGAGUGCGUGUAUAUAAAUAUAAAUAUGAAAGUCACGAGAAAUCGAUUUCAAACCAAUAUUAACAUGAAGUGUAGGAAGUUAUAUCUUACUAUGGUAAUUAAUUUUCAGGGUUUCCAUUAAACAGUAACAGGGAUGACAAGUAAGAUAAUCUUCUGUAUUAAGUUUCAUGAACUACUGUAAAUACAGAAAACAUUUUUUGUAUCU